AUGGACAAACUGCAUGAGACAUUGAUAAACAUGGAAGACACUUCGGGUUUGGAGCACUCUGUCUGCUUAUCAUCCUGGGACUGGAAAAGUGCCACUGGGCCUUUUGAGCUGCACCCUGUCUCGUCUCCACACAGCUUAUCCCCAACUCCCUCCUUUGAGUCCUACUCCUCGUCCCCUUGCCCGGCAGCAGCGGAGACCCCCUAUGGCAGCAGCAGCAGCGGCGGCAGCCUGGUGGGCUACAGCCUGGUGGACUUCCCCCCUGCCUACCUGCCCAGCCCCGGGCAGGCCCGGCUGCCCAAAGGCACGAAGGUGCGGAUGUCAGCCCAGCGUAGGAGGAAGGCCAGCGAGCGGGAGAAGCUGCGGAUGAGGACCUUGGCCGACGCACUCCACACACUGCGCAACUACCUGCCCCCCGUCUACAGCCAGCGGGGACAGCCCCUCACCAAAAUACAAACCCUGAAGUACACCAUCAAGUACAUCAGCGAACUGACGGAGCUCCUCAACAGUGUCAAGCGGGCGUAG